UUUAAUCAAUAUUUAUCACUUCACAGUUAAUUUGCAUGACAAUCAGUAUCCUUCUAGUCGAUGUCGAAGGUGGAUUCUUUAACCGAGUGGUGUCAAGAUGCGCAACAGUGACAAGAAGCUUGGCCAGGAUACCGUCGAAGCUGGCGGAUGGUGGCCAGUACAUGACUCAAAAGGUGGUCGGUGCUGUGGGAAACGCCGUCAGGCCGCUGCGGCCGCUGAAGCGGAUGGUGGACGCGACUGGCAAUGCCAUGUCCAACGUGAUAGGGUCCACCAGCCGCCUGCUAGGAAAAAAUGUGGAACGACCGAAUGAAGUCAUUUUCCUGUACAGCCGUCCGCUUAAGCACCUGGGUACUUCCAGGGUAUACCAGGAAGCGGUCAGGACAGUUAUCGGAUACGCGCUCGUCAACGUGAUCUUGCACAAGGACGAAAUGAAGACAGCAGACGAAACAGAACCGGACCUGAAGAAAAUGCCCGUGCUCCAAUCUGUGGUAGACAAUCUCACGAAGGCCGGGGCUUCCGAAGAUGACAUCGACGACAUCGUCAAAGUCUUGGGCCGCAAUGGCAAACAGGAUCUGCCAGCCCAAAUCCAGUCACAGGUCCUAGGAAUUCUAAAAGAUACAAAUGGGCAUUUUAGAAGCGAUGGACCCAUGAAUGAAUUACGUUUUAUUUCGGAGCACACUAAUGGAUUCUAUAAGAUGGACGACAAAGAAAGAACUGAUUACAAAUUGAACACACAAAAGAAGUACAAAAGUUGUACGGCUUUACAUCCACCGUCUUUUGACAAAAAUAAUACAUAAAUUAACUGUGUUACGGUUAUGCUCGUACGCGUUGCCUCAUACUUUCUAAUCCUAAUCGAUAGAAAAUUAAUUAUAUUUAAUUCAAUAAAUCAUUUAUUAAUGAGAUAAAUGUGUA